ACCCGACCCGGGAUCUAGCUCACACAAGUCACAAAUAAAAGAGAAGCCUUAAGCCCUAAAUCUUUCCUCCUCCGAUCACAAAUCUGAUUUUGCUUCUUCCUCGUUUUACUGGCAAUGGCGUGUUCAAGAGUGAUAGGCAGAUUCGCGUCUCGGUUAAAGCCUCUGUGCCAAAACCUCAGCAACAAGAAUGCUAAUGUUUCAUCAUCACUCCCCUCUCCCAUCAAAUCUGCUUCACCUUCCUCAGCUACUUGUCGUCUCAGUCGAUCUUCAAGAUUACCAGUGGAGUUGAGUUCGAUGAUACCUCUACACAGUGCUAUAGCAUCGUCCAGGCUGGUCUCAAGUUUGUCCAUUGAAUCCAAAAUCUGGGGUUUAGUUCCUCAAGGUCUUUCGAUGCCUUUAUGACAGUUUUCUUCUCUCAUCUUACAUCAAGUUGCCAGGAGGAUAGAGGCAUAAACGAAAGCUCGGGUUGUAUCGUUCUUUUAAGCUUUUUCAGAUCCAUAAGUCCUGUAUUCUGAUUCGGUUAACUCCUAACUCUCUGCUUAGAUUCUUGCGGUUUUGAGUAAUCAAUGUAAUGUUGCAGGCAAGAUCUUUCAUCUUUGGAUUCUUUCUUUUCCUAUGCAAUGUGUUUAGCUGUUGAACCACAUGACUGAUUUAAGAGAUCAAUCAGCAGCCUUUAGGUCUUAAUAAGUUAUACUGAAAUACAAUGAUUUGAUUUGGUUAA